UUUGAGCAUUUUUCAGUCCCCGACGAACGUCUUCAACGACUGGAUCGUACUUAAAAUUGUUUGAGCGCGAGUGCUUCAUAUACACAAAAAAAGAGAAGAAGAAACUUUUUUUUUGCAAAGAAAUUCAUGAUUCCAAUGAGUUUUCAAAGCGUCGUGAGACAAGAGACUUUACGAAUUGAAUUGGAAUACUAAAAAAAAAAAGAUUUAAUUAUAUGUGUUUUUUAUUUAAUAUAAAGAUAAACAGUGUUAAUAAAUUCACAGAUACUUUUCUGUUGUGAUUUUGUGUGUGUGUAACAAAAGUGAGAAAAAAAGAAGAAAAAGCAUAACGUGUAUAAGGAAAAUCUAUACAGUAAAUUGAAUAAUGACCACUAAAUUGCAAGGUGCGUUAAAGAAUGGUCACGAAAUGGCACCACUCAAUACACGUGCCCGUGGUGAUGGGACACACGGGGUUACAAUUGUCCUAUCGGCACCACCACGAAGUUCCAUUGGGUCAGCCGAUGCUAUGGGCAAUGAUGACCCUGAUCGUGCUGCUUGGUCCGGUAAGAUGCAGUUCUUCCUCAGUAUCAUUGGAUAUUCCGUUGGACUUGGCAACAUAUGGCGAUUCCCAUAUCUCUGUCAGCAGAAUGGAGGAGGUGCCUUCCUGAUUCCAUUCGCCGUCAUGUUGAUCCUGGAAGGGAUCCCACUUUUCCUCAUUGAAUUGGGAAUUGGACAGAAGAUGCGCCUUGGUUCACUUGGUGUAUGGAAUACAAUCCACCCAUGGUUGGGUGGUAUCGGAAUAUCAUCGUGUAUCGUCACGCUCUUUGUAUCGCUGUACUACAACGUUAUCAUAACAUGGUGUUUCUACUAUCUCUUCAAUAGUUUUAGGUCUCUUUUCUAUCAGUAUCCACUACCAUGGUCAAGCUGUCCUCAGAUAAAUGGCACCGAUCUGGAUGAGUGUGCCCGAUCAUCUGAGACAGCUUAUUUUUGGUAUCGCACAACACUCGAUGCAUCGCCAUCCAUUGAGGAUUCCGGCGGCCUAAAGUGGUGGAUUGUUCUGUGUCUUCUCCUAGCGUGGGUCAUUGUUUUCUUCAUCGUUAUGAAGGGCAUUCAGAGCUCCGGAAAGGUGGUCUACUUCACAUCACUCUUCCCAUACCUCGUCCUUACCAUUUUCUUCAUUAGAGGCAUCACGUUGCCGGGCGCAAGUGCGGGUCUCAUUCACAUGUACACGCCGAAAGUGGAAAAGCUCACGGAGCCAACUGUGUGGCUUGAUGCAGCCACUCAGGUGUUUUACUCCUUUGGCCUGGCUUUUGGUUCCUUAAUUGCCUUUGGGAGUUACAAUACACCCAAGAAUAACUGUGUCCGUGACGUUAUUCUCGUCUCGAUUUGCAAUGCCAUCACCGCCAUUUAUGCGAGUGUAGUUAUCUUUUCCAUUUUGGGUUUCAAAGCAACUGCCAAUGUUGAGAGGUGCAUUGAAGUAAACAUGAAAAUCCUACAUGAUCACAAACUCCUACCAGAUCGGCAUGUAGAACGAAGUGUCUAUGACAAAGUUAUGACGACAAUAUCAGCAAAUAUGAGCAAAGAAUGGGAACUGGAAGAAUGUAGCUUAGCUAAUCAGUUGGACAAUGCAGCUGAAGGAACAGGAUUGGCUUUUAUUGUCUUCACACAAGCUAUUGUGGAACUACCAGGGGCACCCUUUUGGUCGGUAAUUUUCUUCAUGAUGCUGCUUUCAUUGGGUCUUGGAUCACAAAUUGGAAUGCUUGAAGGGAUGUUCUGUACGAUCUUUGAUAUUGAUAUAUUCAAGAGGGUGCGAAAACAAUACGUUACAGGAAUUGUUUGUAUCGCAUGCUUCUUCAUUGGUCUUCUCUUCUCCACGGGAGCCGGUGAAUACUGGCUGAAGCUAUUUGACUCAUUCGCCGGUACCAUUGGUCUCGUUGUAAUUGCCCUCAUGGAGAUGAUUGCAGUAAUUUAUAUAUACGGCCAUGAAAAAUUCUCAGAAGAUAUCUACCAAAUGACAGGAUAUCGUCCAGGUCUCUAUUGGCAAGCUACAUGGAGAUAUAUUGGUCCGGCAAUUAUGAUUUGCAUCCUAUCCUCAUCUGUUCUCUUCAUGAUUAUGGAUAAUCCAACUUAUAAGGCCUGGAGUGCAGAAUUGGGAGCCGUUGUUUCAGCAAACUAUCCAAACUGGGUUAUGGCUAUUGCACUCGCAAUGAUUGUUGCUGGUGUACUACCGAUGCCAAUUGUAUUCCUUUUGCGACGAUUCCAGAUCCUCAAAGUGGAUCUUGACAUUCAUCAAGGAUCAAUUCGACGCAAUGAGACAACUGCAUCCACUAAGGAAAUGAUUGAUGAGGAUGAUAAUGACUACGAUGAUUACAGCGGACCAGCGAUGGGUGGUCGUGUAAAUGAUACGGAUACGGAUGAUGAUGAUGAUGAUCAACCGCCAACAAUGAAACAUUUUAUGCAAAAUCAUUUGAAUGUCCCCAAAAAUACGUUUAGAAUGAAGAUUGUCGAUUACUGAUAAGUUAGAAAGAAAAAAAAAACUCGAAACGGUGUAAGAAAUGAUGGUAAGAUAUAAAAAAAGGGUGAUGAAUUAACUUUAAAGGGUGUACAUUUUCAUAUCAAUAACCCGAUAUAAAUUGAAAAUGUACACAAUGAAUACAUAAAGAAGGAAAAAAAAUAGUGCCAGUUAUUAACAUUAAGAAAGAAAAUAUAAACAAAUCCAGAUUCUUAUGGAUUUUAAUUUUGAUCGAUUUACUUUGACUAAUUAAUUUUAUUCCUUUUUUUUUUAAUUUUCAAAUAUAAUUAAAUUUGGUUUUGAGUUUUAUUUUAAACAUUUUUUAGCAAUAUGUCUUUUAAAUGUAAGUACUUGAUCACUUUCUCAAUGUAACAUGCCUCAUAUGUCGUAUGCAAGUAAAUUCUUCCUUUGAAGUGAGGAAAGUUUUCAUUGCGGCAUAUAAAAUGUUUAUAAUACUUUUCAAAAAAAUCCUACAAUACGGAAAAAGAUGUAAAAAAAAAGGUGAUUUUAUUUUUCAAAAAAUGUUUCUUAUGGCCAAAAGAAUCUUUAAAAUAUAUCAGUUUUGCUUCUAGUCAGAGUGAGAAUAUUAAUGAAGUAAAUUAGAGCUAAAUAUCAACAUGUGUAUUAAAAACAAAUGAAAAUCGUAUCUUUAGAGAGAGAGAAAACAAAAAUUAAAAUUUACUCACAAUGUAUUUAUUGAAGGAAACAAAAAAAAUUGUAUAACAAUUUGUACGUGAUGGCGAUUUUGAUCGAAAGACUUCAGAAGUCUGAUUUAGGUAAUAAGAUGAUUUAAGGAAAACAAAAACGGAUUUAUGGUUAUUACAAGAAAUACCAGAAAUACUAACUUUAAAAAGAAUUCAGUUCACAAAUUACAAAAAAAUCUUUUGCAGCUUGAGAGUAAUAAAUGUGUACAAAGGAGUUUAUCAGAAAGUUCUAAUGAAUUCAGCUAAAAUAAAAGACUAUUGUGGAUGAUUUUCGAACCAAACUUUGCAAAGAUAAAAAAAUAAUAAUUUUUCGGGUAAAAAACAUGUUAAUGGAGUUUAUGAGUCCGUUGAGUGUAAAAUUUAAAUUUCCUUUUAAUCUUCCAAAAACUUUUCGCUAUUUAUCGCAUUUUAUUACUCUCAAUGCUACAUUACGUAAAAGUUUUUAAUUAAUUUAAAUUAUAUAUCCCGAAUUCAUACAAUAAUUUAAAAAAAAAAAUGAAAGAAAAACAAGACUUUUGGGUAAAAAAAAAUUAGAGUAAUGUUAUUUCUUGCAAUAGAAUAGAAAAAUAUGCUUUAGUUCAAAAGAAGUAAAUAAAAAAACUCUUGUAUUAAAAUUGUGAAUAGCACUUAAUUAGGACAAGAAGAAAAAAAAACGAUAAUAAAAAUAAUUAGACAACCUCUUCUACAUAACCCAAAGAGAAAAAACUCGCUAAUAUCCCAAAGUAAAAGAGAAUUUAUUGUAUAGUAAACUUAAUAUUUAUUUUUUCAUUAUUAACUAGAAAGCAUUUAUAAGGAAAAAUGCUUGAAUUUUAAGAGAUCUACAAGAUCUAUCAGAGAUUUGUGGAAGAAUUUCUAAACAACAACUAGAAAGGCAUAUUAAAAGCAUAAUACACCGAAAAUGUCGACAAGUAAUAAUAAAUGUGUGAUACCUUUGCUCAGAAAUUCAUUUUUUACGUCUUACAAAUGAUUUCGCCCGGCUAAUUUUAGUACCAGUUUCUAGUGUUUUUGGCUUUGUAUUUAUUUGCCCUUGGGACAAAAUAAGGACGCGAAAAUUUACUGCACGAAAACUUAUCAAAUUACACACAGGUUCUAUUAACAAACUAUACAUUAAUAAGUUCUGUUAAUAAUAGAAUUUCGAUGAAAUAAAAUCACAGCUAAUAGACAAACAAAAAACAUGUAAACAAUACUUAACGUACCUUGGCUAAGUAUUACUAGACUAUAAAACAACUCUACUAAAUAAAUAGUAAUUUAACAUUUUGUAAAAAUAAGUAAAUUCACUGCAACAAAUUAAACCCAAAUUAAUGACUGAAAGUUUCAUUAAUUGAGUUCUGGAAAUUAAACGAGAAAAUUUUAUGAAAAAAAAGUCAAUAAAUUUAAGGAGAAAUUCUUAUGCUGAAAUUACAAGGCAUAACAAAAGUUAUUCAUCAAAAUGGUUUUGCAUGAAUUCAAACUUCAAAACAGAGCAUGAUAAGUAAAAAAUAUAAAUUUUCUUUAAAACAUAAAAAUCGGAAAAGUACAGAAAUUUUCGUGGAAUAGCUCUCACUGCAUGCCUGGAAUUAGCUUUUGAGUGAAUUUUGUUUGCGUAGAGAUGUUGGGGUGAAUAAAAAAUAUUUGAGGCUAAAGGACUCAGCAAAGGACGAUUUUUUCAUGAGAUGCCGCGCCAAAGGUUUUUUUGUAAUUAAUACGUCCUUUAUUGAGACUUUUUAUUACUAUUGAGCGGUUAAAAGUUCAUAAAGAGGAUUUGUUAAUGACACGUAAGCUCAUUACGCCGCAUCGCACAAGUUUAUCGUCCAUCUGAUGAAACCUUAAGCAAUUAAAUAAAAAAUGGAAUUUUAAUUAAAGAUCAGUUGAAAACCUGAUCAAAAUUGGUUUAUGUCGAUUUUAAUUGAUUCGUAUCGGUCUGUGACUAUCAGAAAAAGUGAUUUGUAUGUUAGGGAUCAACGAAAAUAUUUAUUUUAGAUGGAAAAGUAUUUAUUCGUUUCUUUUUUGGCUAAACCUUCAUUCGACAGAAUACACGAAACAAAUGUAUUUUUGAAAGAAUAUAAAAAAUGUUCAGCAGAAAUUAGGUUUAGCUUAUGUUAAAAAAAAAAGAGAAAAUGAAAAAAAUCCUUCGGGUUUGUGUGGUGUUAAAACGGUUUAGUAUCCAAUAAAAUUCGGUUUAAUAAAAUAGAGAUUUUCUUUUAAAUGAAAGCUACCCCAUAUUUUUCCAAAUAGAUUGGAAAAUACUUCUUCCAUGAUGGCUUUAAAUCUGCCUCUAAAAUCCUUUUUUUAUAAUACUUUAAAAACUAAAGUUUUUUUUUGGAUCGAAGACAUUUGGAAAUUUUAAUUAAAAGAAAAUACGAAUGAAAUUCAUCGAGUGAGAGUUAUAAGAAAAGUAUUUUUAAUUCAUCAUUAAAAACGUUUGUUAUUUUAAAAAGUCCCGAUUUCUGUAAAAAUGAGAUCAAACUUUUUUUUCCAAAGAUAAAAUGUUGAAUAAUGCGCUAACGGUCGGUAUUUUACGUUAUAAAACCAAUAAAUUCGUAAAUGAAGAAUCAAUUUUAAAUUAAACUCAAAUUCUUGAAAUAAAUAAGUUUUCAAUUAACUUACACAUAUGUAUGUCAUCUCAUUCAGAGCAUCCCUUAAAAAACGAUGAAAAAUACAGUCAAUUGAAUUUCUUAAUUUGGAUCAACCUUUUUAUUUCUUUUUUUAUAAGAAUAUUUAAUGAUAUAUUUAAAAACAAAUUAGUUAAAGAAAGCGUAGAAACAUUUCUUUAUUGCAUUUUUAGGCAUUAAUAUAGAAUGUGAGAGAUUCAAAGUAGCACAAUAUAAACAUAAAAUAUAUUUUAAGUAUCAUAAUCAUUUAAAGAAAUUAAUUACAUAAGUUCUGUUCCAGCAAAAAAAAAGUGAACAUAAAUUUAAGAGGAAAAUAAAAUCGAAUUAUUUAUGAUAAAUUGCACAUCACACACACAUUACCUAUAUUUAAUAUUGAAUUAAUUUAGAAAAAUUCUGAUGCAUAACAUAACAUUAGUGAGGUUACAACAUUAAAAAAAUGCUGUGAGAAAUUCAUAUAUAAAGAAAAAUUAUAGAAAAUAAGGUUCAUUAUGUAAAGAAAAAAAAACUUCUACCAGAACGAUUGAAAAGAAUUGAAAGAUUUUCGGAUGAACUUACGAAUGUGCAGAUGGCGUAAAUUUCAAUUUAUAUUUUUAGAGAGAGAGAGAAACAAAUGAAAAUAAAUAAGCAGAUCAUAUAAAAAAAAUUUAUGAAAAAAAUGCCAUUGUAGAGAUUGUUGAAGAUAUUGUGUAAAUAAAUAAAAGUAUAUUGACAUAAAG